AUGAGAAGUUUGAUUUUUAUAACGCUAGUUUUAGCGAGCAUUGCUUUGGCUCUAGACGUCAUAGAAAAGAGUAAAACAAUUACCGUCUCGACGAACUACCAUGAAAAGCUCACCAUUGAAAAAGGUGUUUAUUUAGGUCUCGUAGGAGGUAGCUUCCACAACUUUUAUUCGGAUGUGAAAGUACACGGUGGUCUCUAUGUGAGUACGGAUGAUUCUUCUAUUAGAAAAAACAAUCGUUUAGUAGGAAGCUUUGAGAAUUAUUUUAAUACUGUUAUAGAUUUGAAGAGGGACACCGUUUCGAAUUCUUAUAUAUGGGAGGGUGAGUCGUUUGAAAACAUGGGAAAUAUGAGUAUGAGAGGUACACCUUUUGCCUCUAGUAAUUCCCAGAGUUUGACAUUUUCAUAUUUCAGUAAUUCCGGAUUCCUACAAUUUGUGGACACAGGUUAUCUGCAGUUUGGUAAAGAAGAUGGUACUAUAAUAAAUACCGGUACCAUCGCUGCUCAAUCUGAUCAAUUUAACCAUAUCUACCUUAUUCCACAGUCUAGCAUGAUGGGUAACGGGUGUCUUUGGGUCGGAAGUUAUUGUAUUUUUUAUAUAGAGGAUUUGGAUAAUAUUUCAGUGGAGGACCAGACUAUUGUUCUGUCAUCAGAACCCAACGCCAUAGUACUAGGAGGUUUCACAGACCCUCCUAGUCGUCACCCUCCAGUUACAUCGUUAAAAAUCAGAAAUUUUAAUAGCAAGACGUCAAUUUGGUUCCACGAUAAUAAUCCAAAAAUCAAGUCAUUUGAAAACGGAAUAUUAACUGUGACAACCAUUGGCCGGAAAUAUAUUCUAGACGUUGGGCCUGGAUAUACAGGGGAUCAGUUUUCCAUGACUAAUACCCCGGUGACUACUCAACUGUGGCAGGAAGGUAGGCCAAUUAAUGCCGGAGUAUUACGUACUACAAAAGUUAAGCCUACGCUAUCUGCAUACCCAGGUUGCCUUCCCCCUCAAAGCAUACCAGAUUUCAACAGCUUCAAGACACUUCCAUUCCGUGAUGCUGAGAGCCUGCCUAACGGCCGCCCCACUGUAACCUCGAGCCGUAUUUCAAGUAGUGUUGUGGGUAGUUUAAGCAAAACUAUCAUAACCACUUCUAUUUCUUCCUCGACUGCGGAUAAUCAACAUGUAGAUGUCUCUUCCAAUUUUCCUUCGAGGACGGCUAGUGAGACCGCAACUGUUUUUUUCAGUUUUAGCUCUAGUGACUAUUCCUCGCAACCAUCUGAUUAUAUUGCCAGUGCCUCUAGCGGUAUUGAUGGCCAAACUGUGACUAAACCUACUGGCUACACAUUUCUUGACUCGUCAUCUCAACCUUCUAGUUAUGUUACUUCUGGAUUGGAUACAACAAGCUACCAAUCUUCACUGGAUGGGAGCCAAUCCGUGAAUGUACUUUCCAAUUUCACUACAAAGGUUUCGAGUUAUUCUACUUUGAUUUCGUCUGAUACUACAUUUGCCCAAUAUACUUCAGGCGUUUUAUCUACAAGCAACAGUCUUUCCUCAAACGAUGCUAUUAGCCGAUUUACCGAAACAACCACUCAACCGAUAAGCAGUAGCAGCCAGUAUUUCAGUAAUUACGUAGACCAGCUUUCGAACGAGGUUACCGUAAUUCCUUUAACCACUACUACCAGUCAGUCAACAGGCGAAGUGGUCGCUCAAUCCUCAGGAUAUGUAUUUUCUCUUUUAUCUGGGAAUAAUACACAAUUUACCAGUAAGGAGGCAUUAAGUACAAGUUUUGAUUCUUCAGUAGCAACCAAAUUUGCUACUUUAAGCACUUAUAAGCAAUCUUCGGAUUACUUGAACAGUGAAACCGCAACUGCUCCUCCAUUUUUGAGCUCCUCGACUAUAAGCUUUCCAGGCAGCGGUGAAUUUAAAAGUCAUUCUCUAAAUCAAUCUCUCAGUGUAACUAACCUUCUUUCAAGCUCUCAAACGGCGUUCGGAGGAAACUCUCUCGGCCAAUUUAAAAGCCAAACCCCUUCUGGUAGUUCCACUACUGUAGCUCCGCAACCUGGUAGUCCGACUUUAACUCUUUUGAGUUCUAGUACUGCAGCCGAAAACAGUGCACCUAAGGAAGCUCUAAGCCCUACCUCUUUUCCUGAUAUGACUACUCGAGUUUCUGGCGGAGCCACUCCAAAUGUUUCAACAGUAACAUCAUUAUUAACAGAUAGUGCCGAUGACGAACAUACAAGUACAAUUACUCAAAUUUCAAGUUUUAGUGAUAACUCAGAUAUUAAUAUUGCCACCCCUUCCUUAAGUUGUUCUUCCAAUCAAUUCUCCAAGCACGCUUCCCCCAGUUCUAUAAGUAAUAUUGUCACACAAUGGGAAAGUACGCCAGACAGCCCAUCUUUGUGCACUAUUACAUCAGCAUGUUCCAGCGCUGUUAUUACUGUACAUUACAGCAACCUUACUCAAUAUGCAGCUAGCACAUUAGCUGCGGAAUACUUUACCCGUAGUUCACCUACUUCCUUCGAAAGUGGUAAUAGCAGGUCUACGCUUGAUUCUGUGAAGACGGGUUUAAUGAGUUUUUCUAAUCAGCCCUCGAGCAAUCCCUCAAUAACCACUUCUAGUCAGGUUUCAACCGGUCCUACAACCUCAGUAAGUGCUUCUAGUCAAUCCUCGAGCGGUUCCCUCAUAGCCUCUUCUAGUGAGAUCUCAACUAGUACCACACCUUUAACUAGCUCCACUAGCCAACCUUUGAGUGAUUCCUCCAUAACCUCUUCUAGUCAGGUUUCAACUGGUAUCACAACCUCAGUAAGUGCUUCUAGUCAAUCUUCGAGCGGUUCCCUCAUAGCCUCUUCUAGUGAGAUCUCAACUAGUACCACACCUUUAACUAGCUCCACUAGCCAACCUUUGAGUGAUUCCUCCAUAACCUCUUCUAGUCAGGUUUCAACUGGUAUCACAACCUCAGUAAGUGCUUCUAGUCAAUCUUCGAGCGGUUCCCUCAUAGCCUCUUCUAGUCAGGUUUCAACUGGUAUCACAACCUCAGUAAGUGCUUCUAGUCAAUCCUCGAGCGGUUCCCUCAUAGCCUCUUCUAGUGAGAUCUCAACUAGUACCACACCUUUAACUAGCUCCACUAGCCAACCUUUGAGUGAUUCCUCCAUAACCUCUUCUAGUCAGGUUUCAACUGGUAUCACAACCUCAGUAGGUGCUUCUAGUCAAUCCUUGAGCGGUUCCCUCAUAGCCUCUUCUAGUCAGGUUUCAACUGGUAUCACAACCUCAGUAAGUGCUUCUAGUCAAUCUUCGAGCGGUUCCCUCAUAGCCUCUUCUAGUGAGAUCUCAACUAGUACCACACCUUUAACUAGCACUUCUAGUCAAUCCUCGAGCGAUUCCUCCAUAAUCUUUCCUAGUCAAGUUUCGACCGGUACCACAACUUCAGUCAGUGCUUCUAGCAAAUUUUCACAUACCCUCACUACUGGUAGCCCAACUGAUAUAGUUAGUAAAAGUUCGGAUAUCUCUAGUCCAUCAUCUUCCAAUACUGUUACCACCGUUUCGCACAGUAAUAAUACUCAACAUGCAUCCAGCACAUUAGCUGCAGAAUACUUUAUCCGUGGUUCAUCUAGCUUCCUCGAAAGCGACAGUAGCAUGUUUGCAUUACAAUCAACCUACACAAGUCUAUUGAGUGUUUCUAAUCAACCUUCGGGUGAUUCCCGCAUACCCUCUUCUAGUCAGAUCUCAACUGAUAUCACAACUUUAACUAGCUCCAUCAGUGAAAUCUCGCAUACUGUUGCCACCGAAUCUUUGACUAAUUCAGCCAGCCAGCCUUCAAGCCGCACUGCUAUUGAAGUAUUUAUUCGCUCUGGCAGAGAAUCCUCAAGCGCUGUUGCCCCCAGAACUUCUAAUAUUAUUUCUGGCCCAUCUUCAAGCACUUAUUCUCUCUCCUCAAGGGACAACAUCUUGUAUUCAUCCACUAUAUUGGUUCCCUUUGCGUCAUCUGAUUUGUUAGAAAGUCUUAAAAAAAACUCUUCAGGCUCAGUGGCUAGCUCUGGCCAAUCAUCUGCUCUAUCUGUCCAUUCUACAUUAACCGAUCCCACUCUGGUCAAUCCUCCUAUGCAAUCGUCAAGAAUUCUGACUACCAAAUCUGCGAGUCAUAUUGUGAGUUAUUCUUUGACCCUAUCGACUUUCGACUCACUAAACAAAGGUAAUACGGUCAUUCCAACACAUCCAACAGUCGAAAAACUAGCUAGUUCGACCGUUAGCACGUCAAGGCAUGGUUCUACAAGUGUUUCCCAUAUUUCGGAUAGUCAAUAUUUGAAUAAAGCGAAUUACACUACUGCUCAGCAAGUGGUUCAAUCUUCCUCACUGUCCUCUUUUGAACCCAACAUUUCUAAUUCAUUCUCCACUUUAACAACUUUCACGACUAUAUAUAAAGAAUGGACCGGCACUUUCAUAAGCACGUAUUCUACCCAAGUAUCUACACUAAAUGUCAAUAAAGCUAGGAUGGUGGAAAGGGCAGUUGGCGAUUCUGGCAGCAGAGUAACGAUAGAAAUUAUCUAUUAUGUUGAAACUCCAAAGGCCAAUGAAGCUCUACUAACUAUAAAUGCAAACAAUGGUGCCGCUUCUUCGCAAACAAUUGGAAAUAUCGCAACAGUUACCUCUUGUAGUUCCUAUGUGUAUACUGGGGUCGUCUCUCCGGCUGUUAUUUCCACUGUUACAACAAAAAUUGGAGAUGCUAUCACUGAGUUAACUACCUGGUGUCCAUUUUCCAUGCCUGACUCCGCAGAUAAAACUAUAGAGACGUUUGUGACUUCUUCGUUAUUAAACGUCCAUACCGACCUUGCUUCUACUACUACCAAACAUACUUCGGUGCCUACGGCAAAUAGUAAUACAGUGACGAAGGAUAUGACCUUGCGUCCAAGUUUUGGCACUGAAUUAGUAUUUGGUACAACUAGAGGUACUGAUAUAGCUGUCACGCUAGAAUCUAUCAAAACUGCAAUCCCACAAAACACUACACCCGGGACUAAAACGCAUGAGAGCAGUCCCUCUCCCGCAUCAAAAGCUACUACCCCUACCACUUAUGGAAGUGCUGCUGUUAUUAUUCCAGAAUUUUCUGUGUCCAGUACUAAUGUACCCUCUUCUGAAUCAUCACUGGUUACCGUACAAUCUGGUCUAACAACUUCGUUCAUGAACAGCCCACGUUCCUGGAGUUAUUCUUCAAGCGUAAUUGCUUCUAAUAGUACUUCAUUCCAGCUAUCAAGAUAUGCUGGCACAGCUAACAAUUUAGUAUCCAAUGGCUUAUGGAGUGUUUUUGUUUCCACUGUAUUGUUGGCGUUUUAUCGAUAA